UUAAAGCUGGAAAUUAGUACUUAAGAGUGAGUUUCCUAUUCUUUAUCUUUUGUGCCCAAAUUCAGACAAAGGUAAAGCUAAGCUAGCGUGCUUGUCUCCGCGAUCAUGGCUUCUUCACUCCUCUUCUUCUCUCUCCUUCUCUUCAACCUGCAAGUUUCCAUGGCUGGCAGUGACAUCGCAUUCGAAGAUGGCUACACAGUCAGUACAGUCAUCGACGGCCACGAAUUCCAAAUAAAUCCUCGCUCGAUUCUCCCUCAAUUUGGAUCGUCCGAUCUCAUCAUCCUCGAUUCAGCCAACAAUGCCUUUUACACCGUCUCAAUUUCCAAAUCCCAAGAGAUUGCGGUCAAGCGGUUAUCUGGUGGCAAUUUGGGGUUUUUGGAUGGUGAUUUGGCCGCUGCUAAGUUUAAUGACCCGAGAAGCUUUGCGGUUGAUCUCAACGGGAAUGUAUAUGUUGCUGACAGGGGUAAUCUUGCUGUGAGAAAGAUCAGCAAGUCAGGUGUGACCACAAUUGCUGGGGGUAAUUCAGCACCAGGCCGUGUGGAUGGACCUGGACGAAAUGCAUCAUUCUCCACUCAUUUUGAGCUGGCUUUUGUUCCUGAAAGAUGUGCUUUAAUGAUCUGUGAUCAUGGUAAUUACGUGGUCCGCCAGAUUAACCUGAAGCCACAGGAUUGUGAGAGAGGUCCUCAACCUGUACGGAGCGUGGCUGCAUGGGCUUGGGCUUUGGUUCUGGGAGUUUCUUGCUUGCUUAGCUUGAUAAUUGGGUUCGCAGUUCGUCCUUAUGUCACUCCACAUGAAGGUGCCAACCCAUUUCAUCUCAACAAGACAUGGAAGCAUUUCCUAGUCAGUCGGGGGAGGCAAGUACUGAUGCUCUGCUUCGACAUCAGAAGCGUACUUGUUAGUUCAACACUGUACACGAGGAGGAUCAUUAUGUUAAGCUUAUCUCAUCUGUUUCUAAUGCUUGGGAUCAACACUGUAGAAUCCCAAACUUCAUUUGAAAAAAAAACUGUAUCUUUGUUAGAUUCUGAGAUUUUAGGAAGCGAAGUGAUAACAACGAAGUCCCAGAUAUUUGCUGAACAAUUAAAAGAUUUGAUAACUUUUGAUGGAGAAGAGGAAUCACCGAACCCUGCUGACAAGACUUUCAAGCUAGGAGAUGAUAAUGAACACGGAAACGAUGUUUUAUGUGACAACCAUCAAAGGAUAGAUAAUAUGAUAAACGAUAACAUAGUGGGUUUUGUUGAGCAGGCUAAAAAAGUCCAGCUGGAUGAGUCCUUUGUAAGCAGUUCAGGUUUGGUUAAGAGGAGAUGAAAAUAUUGAAGGGGACUUUCUAUUUACGUUGUUUAUGUAUAACCUCUCUAAGCUAUCGUGUAUGUUUGGGGCUUUUACAUUGUUGUAUGUGUUUUGCAUUGGUUUUCUUUGUUUUCCCUCUGGAUCUUGUGUUGCUAUGUACAGGAUUUUUAGAUAGAGUUAGACUGUAAGAUUGAUAUGGAAACUGGCCAAUGUUGUAUCGAUGGUUUCACCUCCGCUAGUUUUGCUAAUACAUUUCAGUUUGAUUAAA